AUGGAUGAUUGUGUGGUUUAUUUCACUGAAGAUAUAGUGAAGGAAAUUUUGUUGAGGUGUCCAUUGAAAUCGUUGUUGCGAUUCAAAUGUGUCUGCAAGAGUUGGUAUGCUCUUAUCAAAAACCCUGAAUUCGUUCAACAACAGUUGAAGAAUCAUAGCUCCCCACAACUUCUCAUUUAUACUAAUGGUACCCCUGAUGAUCCUGACCAUGAUUAUCAUUCCAUAACUUUGAUUUCUGAAGAAAAUCCGCAAACAUUCAAAGGUAUGACACACCUUAUAGGUUCUGUGGACGGCUUGUUUUUAAUGUAUGGAACAAUUGAUGGUACGAUUUCGUGUACAUUGUGGAAUCCUGCUACUAGGGAGGUAAGACCCCUCCUUCUCCCUCUCCCUGAAUCCAUAAUCCAUGCUGCCCCUGUGCUGGGGUUCGGAUUCGACCCUUUGACUAAUGAGUAUAAAGUGGUUUACUUUCGUUGCUCUAUUUAUCACGAAUGUGAAGCAGCAGUCUAUUCCUGUUCUAGGGAUUCAUGGAGUGUUUUGAAACCAAAAGAAUCGUUCCCCUUCUAUACAAAUGUGAAAAACACAUUUUGUACUGCUUAUUUGAAUGGAACUUAUAAUUGGUUGCUACGAGGGGGACACUGUUGUGAUUACACAAUUCUUUUAUUUCACUUUGGGAGUGAAAUGUUUGAAGAGAUUGAAGGGCCAAAUUGCAACUUUCUUUACACUUCUGUGUUGGGUUUGAUGUUGAUGGAUGAUUCCAUUGCUAUCUUGAACUAUAACCGAUGUUGUAUGCUUGAUUAUGAUAUAUGGGUAAUGAUCCAACCAGGUGUCUGGAACAAAAUUUUUACCUUUGAAUGCAUCGGACUGAUUAAGUCGUGUUAUGUUAGCUCUCUCAUUUUUGCGGAUAAAGCUUCUCAUCUGGUCUCCUAUAAUGCCCGAACUAAGAAAACGAGGCGUUUAGGAUUUCAACAUUCAAGAUUGGGAAUAGGUGCACAACAUGGUGGUUGUGGGGUUUUUUAUUAUAAGGAGAGCUUAGUAAAACUUACACAAUGA